GGGGAAAGUUACACUUACCGUGCUUCUCCGAGAGCAGAGCAUGCUCGAGCAGUAUGGUCGUAGCUUCGAUCUCCUGCUGCGCCUCACGGUGCUUCUUUGCGCGGGCGUACAGCGCGUCUUCCAAUCUGAAAUCGAUAGUCUGGUCCAGGCUGCAAGCAGAGGCCAGGAGGCCCUGCAGGCGGUCCAGCUUGAGCUUUAUCUCGGGCGCGCAGUGGCGGGGAGAGUCCUUCAGGAAGGCAUGAUAUCCGUAGGCGUGUUUCGAUAUCUCUCUGAUCUGUGAGCGAACCGAUAGCUUGUGAUCGCGCAGCCAGGCCAGUUCGCAGACUACGCCCUGGUUCUUGGCAAUCUUCCGGGCUAUCAUCUCAUGCUUCUCCUGGAUCGAAGCCUGG